AUGAGGUCCAAAGUGUUUCCACUUUUCGUUAUUCUCGUAGCAUGUCUAACACCCGCGUCUAUCGCGUUUGCACCAAACCAGGCGAUGGCAGUGACAGCAACUUCCAAACCAAGCGUUUCUAGCUUGUACAUUUUUGGGAAUAACAAAAAGGGAGAGGCACCACCACCUCAAGAACCAAAAAAGACAAUUUCCGGAAGCCGGAGACAACAACUAGGAAUUGGCGACAACGAAGAUGAAUACGAUCUUGGAGUGGCUCUUGCCAACAACACAGACCCUUUUAUUUCCAAAGUCAUCGCUGGAUCCUUCAUCGUAGUCGUGAUCGCUCUCCUUGUUGCAGGAAUCAUCAUUCCAGCCACUACAGAUUAUGGCGAAGGCGUAUGCAGACCGUUGCUCACCGGCGGAAGGUGUUAG